AUGAACUUCAUCAAUCAGCUCUCAGAUGCAACAGCCGCUGCAAACCAGCCAUCUUUGCUCGCAGUCACAUUCCAAGACAUCUACCGCAUCGUGUUCUGGCAUGCUCUGGAGCGAUGCAAAACCAUCUUUGGCUCGUCUUCAGGAAAGAUGGAAAUUCUGGUCGAUUACGAGCGCUGGAUGGUAAUAGUCACAAUACAGGUCGACCACUACAGCAUGCACAACCUACCGACCAAGACAGAUCGUUGCAAAUUCGAUAUCAAGGUACUACGGACACUAUCUCGCCUUGGCCUCGUACGAAUAAUUGCUUCUUCUUCAUAUGGGGCGACCGACUUCACCUGGCAUGACGGUCGUGAGAUCCAAUCGCCUUCAUCUUCAACGCCGCUCAAUAUUCCCCUAUUAACCACCCCCACCGCACCGGCUCGAGGAGUCACCAUAUCCUUCUCGUGCAUGCCAAUCCACCGCAAGCUCAUCGCAGCAGAAGCGGCAAGGAGAAGUCAGAUCAAGCUGCUGAUUAAUUGCACUCUGGAACUCUCACUCCUGGCCCCAUCUUUGAGCCUUAGACUCAGUGUAUGUCACGCUGCUUCAGCUGGCGAUCCCACACCGGCAUUCAAGGUGCUACUGAGCUUGUCACGCUCUCAAGAUCUGGUGCAACGCUGCAGAGCGGCUUUUGGCGAUGCAUGCGUUCUGGUAGAUACAGUGCGCAGUAUCGCCGUGGAAAAAGCGUUUGCAUCGGUUAGGAUGACAGUGGAAGGAUUUGUUGGUUUGGCGGCAAGUGCAGAUGCCAAGACGCAGGUGAUCUUCCUGCAAGGCCGCGUCUGGCCUGGUAUGACGUUGCGUGGCGCCUCGCAUCAUUCGAAGCCGGAAUCGACUGCAUUUGCCGCAUUGCUGUCGAGUUUUGGCUUGUCAUGGUCGGAUCAAGUCUUGAACAGACGUGGUCCGCAGACGGUGCUUUCUUCAAAGCUGUAUGAAAAAGCCGCACAGAGGAUACACGAUCUUCCAAUGUCCGACAAGGGGCCUCACUUCCCACACUCGUUCGUGCUCAACAUCACUCUGGACAGCACGAGCCAAGACUUGGAAGCCGAGUCCGGUUCAGCGAAAAGAUCAAACUUGUCUGUCAAGUCAUUCGAAGCAGCUGUUCUUGAUGCGGUUGGUCCCGAGCACUCCCCCGCUGAACCCUCUGCGUCGCGAAAGCGGAAGCGAACGAUUCGGCCAAGUACUGCUGACGAGAAUGAAGCGAAGGCAAAGCCAGUCUCGAUGUCCAAAGCUCGCCCUGUCACAGCUUCUUUGGCAAACGAAUCGUACGGCCCUGCAGCCGCUGCUCCGGCAGGGAUGGUGGCAUGGCGAGAUCCUGUCAACGGUCGACUGUUUCAUAUUGAUCAACGCACAGGUCAUAGUACAGCUGUCGGUAGGUUCGGUCUUGGAACAAUGGUAGACGGUCAGGAUGGCACUCUGGCAUUAGCGAGGCGCCUCACUCUGCAUGGUGGCGCGGCUGUGGACCGUAGGAAGCUGGAUAAAGGGCAUGGUCUCUCACUUUGCACGCACCGGGCAGCAACGGUGCUCGACGAAGAUAAGAGCUCAGACGAGUUUGAAGAUCCGAGCUUCGACGCAGUACUUGCCUUGGUACCCUUGCCGUUCGCAGUGGUUACAACAGACACGGUGCUGAGGAGCAGAUUCUUUGAUACUCGUCGGUUCAAGUCGACGAUUCGUCGAGCUGUCCGAGAUGACGAGUCGGAUGUCCGCCAGACCAAGACAGUCAGUCUCGAGCUUGCAAUCACACGUUCCGACUUGGAAAGUGCCCAAGUGAUCAACCAAGUCGUCGGCAAGUUCAUACUCUGCCGUACGGUUUCAUACUUUCCAAUUCUGUUUUGCAUCGAUCAGCAUGCUGCUGAUGAACGUUAUCGAUUGGAACGCUUGCUGGAACAGUAUGUUGAUGAUUGCGCGGCUGGCACUGCUGCGUACAAUCUGCCUUUGACACUCACCCUGCCGAUCUCAGUGCCGGAGUAUGCGCGGCUUCAGGCAAAUGCAGAUUUGAUUGCAAGAAUGAAAAGCUUGGGCUGGUUGGUCAAAACAGUCGUGCUGAUACAUGCGUCGCUCGGUCAUGCUCAGGUGGAUUUGAUCGGGAUACCCAACAUUCUCAAGGAGAAGACCUUAACUGAUUCAGGGAGGGUCAAAGACCAAACCUUGCUCCAGAGCGCCUUUGCGGACUGCAUGGAGAAGAUUUUGGCUUCAAACAUCAAGGCUGUGGAAGCGAGCGAGGACUGGCUAGCGCGGUCAAGGUGGAUACCGAAUUCAUUGAUGGAAGUGUUGAAGAGCAGGGCGUGCAGAAGCGCGAUCAUGUUCAAUGAUCGAUUGGGUAGGGAGGUGUGCGAGAGGAUGGUGAAAAGGCUAGCAGCGUGCAAGUUUCCGUUUGGUUGUGCACAUGGAAGGCCGGUGUUGGUGCCGUUGUGCGAGGUCACGAUACAGGAGGGUGGGCAAAGCUGCAUGUGA